GGUCGUGGCCGCCAUAUUUGUCGGCAUCCUACGCUUGCCCGCGCUUCAAAGAUACGCUCGCAAGGCACGUUUCUCGUCGUUCGUCGUUGAAUCGUACCAAGCACCGGCACGAAAAUGUCGUACAAGGGGCCGCAGAAAGUCCAGAAGGUGAUGGUACAGCCUAUCAACCUGAUAUUUCGGUACCUGCAGAAUCGGUCCCGCGUGCAGGUUUGGCUGUUCGAGAACGUGAAUCUGCGGAUCGAGGGCCACAUUGUUGGCUUCGAUGAGUACAUGAACUUGGUGCUGGACGACGCCGAGGAGUAUCAUCAGAAGACCACGAAGAGGAAGCUGCUCGGUCGGAUCAUGCUGAAGGGCGAUAACAUCACGUUGAUCCAGAAUACUAAUCCCACGGGGAACUAAGGAUGGGGAGACCUAACCUUACAACCCGGCGGACUUCGUGGGCCGCUUGAUUUACUCCGCGCACGGGGCAGUCUUCUUCUCUUGAACGGCGUUGAUCUUCGGAGACCAGAGCUACGUAUUGUCCCGUUGGAUUGUACGAGAGAAGACCUCAGGGAGGCGGGAAGACGACGAGAGUCGUCGACUCUUGCAACGUGCCGGAAGAAAUUGCUUGAUUGAUCGAUAAAUGUAUCAGUGGACAGUUGUAUUUGUUGUUUAGAUAUAAGUUUCUAUGCGAGCCUUCUCAUCGAAUACGCGAUUAAGUCUUGUGAGAAAAAGGUCACUCGGUGUUUUUGCGUGAACGCACAUUUCGAUGGCUAACUUAUGCGUAUGGAUAUGUAGUUUUAAUUUAUAUAUAUAGUCGUGUAUAUUAUAAGCGCUAUCUGGGGCAUAUAAUAUGUCCAUUUAUUUUAUAUGACUCGUUGGAACAUAACUUUUGUGAAAAUCCAUUCUGAAUGUGUGUUACAUAAAAGUAUCAAACAGGAUAAACGGGAAGUACAUGAGCGAUUAAAUAAUUAUAUAUUCAAAAGUAUUUUUAUCUAUCCUAACAUUCAGAUGUUUGUAUGAAGAGUAAUUGUAAGAAGGAGAAUGUUGAGAUUAGGUUAAACACGUAUAUCUAAAAAAAAACAAUGUGAUUUAAUGAAGACUGCGGUUUCAAGAAGUUUUCUGUGAAAAUAUAUGUCGCGAGAAACAGUAACAAAUGGGAAUAUUUGUCGUUUAUUUGGUUUGUUCUUGCUAAGAAUCUUUAAGCUGUACAAAUAUUUUUCAGUUCUUCGUAAAAUCUUCAAAGUGUAUUCUUGGUCUCAUUAAACAUUUAGAUCGAAAACUUUUUAGAAAUUAUUUUUGCAUUUCAUUACAAAGAUUAUGAAUCCGCUUCAACGAUUAUAGUACUGCAUAAUUAAAUAAAAUUGAUAAGAUUAAGCAAAA